AUGGAGAAGGAUGAGUCUAUCGCCGUCACGACCGGUGCCAUGGUCGAUGAGACCGCACCGGAUGAAACACUCAAGCAACUGCGCAACCUGAAGGAGCAUCACCACUGGGACCCUAAUCUUCCUGAGGAUGUUGUUGAGGAACUUGAUGAGGCAUUGCAUACUUCUGAUCAGAAGACCCAGGAUGUCAUCGCUCACGAAUUACUGGAUAAUUCCCCCUACCCCGAAGUACGAUCGGCCGUUUCCAAUGUGGAUGAAGGGGGUUCCGUUAAUACGCUUCGUGCCUGGGUCAUCGGGUUACUCUUUGCAACGAUCGGCUCGGCCCUCAACAUGCUGUUUUCGAUGCGCCAGCCCUACAUUGUCAUCCCAUCAUACAUCGCCCAGGUUGUUGCUUACCCAUUUGGUAAGGCUUGGGAGAGGUUUAUGCCAGCCAAAACAUUCCGCAUUUUCGGAUGUGAACUCGAACUGAACCCAGGUCCAUUCACCAAGAAGGAACAUGCCGUCGUGGUCAUCAUGGCCAACGCCACUUUUGGAGGUGGCGCCGCCUAUGCGACUGAUGUGCUUCUGGCUCAACGUGCAUUCUACAAGCAAAGCUUCGGUUGGGGAUUCGAAAUUCUGAUGUGCAUCUCAACCCAGAUGCUGGGUUUCGGAAUUGCGGGCUUCUUUACUCGCUUCAUGGUUCAGCCCGCUGCCAUGAUUUGGCCCUCGACCCUAAUCAACACCGCCCUCUUCACUGCUCUCCACGAUCGCUCGCUUCCAGAUCCCAGUAAGGUCUCUGGUUGGAAGAUUGGCAGAUACCGCAUGUUUUUGUAUGUCAUGAUUGGCUCUUUCUGCUGGUACUGGGUACCCGGCUUUAUCGCACCAUUCCUCAGUAUUUUCGCCUGGGUUACCUGGAUCAAACCGAACAACGUUGUCGUCAACCAACUCUUCGGUGGUGCGACGGGCCUUUCACUAAUCCCAAUGACAUUCGACUGGACCCAAGUUGCUGGAUUUAACUUCAGUCCUUUGAUCGCACCCUGGUAUGCCAUCUCCAACACUCUCAUUGGCAUGGUCAUUUUCUUCUGGAUCGUUGUGCCUGGCAUUCACUACUCCAAUAUGUUUUACUCGCAAUUCCUUCCAAUGAGCGAUUCCAACAGUUACGCCAACGAUGGGCUCAAAUACAACGUCUCCAAGAUCCUGACUCCAGAUUUCACAUUCGAUGCUGCAAAAUACGCAGAUUAUUCCCCUCUGUUUUUGUCGAGCACAUUCAUGAUUUCCUAUGGUCUUUCUUUUGCCAGUAUCAUCGCCGUGCUUGUUCAGACCGGUCUCUUCAAUGGUUCCGAUAUCUGGGCUCGAUUCCGCCGUGUAGGCAGAGAAGAGGAAGAUGUUCACGGUCGGCUCAUGACCAAGUACAAGACCGUUCCCCUCUGGUGGUAUGCUGGCGUCACCCUGGCUAUGAUGGCCAUCGCCUUCGGCGUUGUGUUGGGCUGGCCCACACACAUGACCUGGUGGUCUUUCAUCAUUGCCCUAUUGAUCGCAGUUGUGUGGUUCGUUCCCAUUGGUAUUGUCAAGGCUUCCACCAACAUUGACAUCGGUCUCAAUGUCAUCACCGAGUUUAUUAUUGGAUACAUGCAACCAGGUCGCCCCAUGGCUAUGAUGUUGUUCAAGACCUACGGAUACAUCACCAUGUACCAAGGCAUGUACUUCUCCCAGGAUUUGAAAAUCGGUCACUAUAUGAAGGUUCCCCCACGUGUGACUUUCUCCGCGCAAAUGGUUGCUUGUCUGUGGUCAUCUCUAGUUCAAAUCGCCACCAUGAACUGGGCUCUUGGUGCUAUCAAAGACGUAUGCGACCAGAACCAGCCUAACCACUACAGUUGCCCGAACGGUCGUGUUUUCUUCAAUGCCUCCGUCAUCUGGGGUGUCAUUGGUCCUGGACGCAUGUUCUCUCCUGGCCAACUGUAUUCCCCUCUCAUGUGGUUCUUCCUCGCCGGUGCCAUUCUUCCCGUCAUAAUCUGGUUCGCUGCGCGCACCUGGCCCAAGAGUUCGAUCAAGUACCUCAGCGCCCCUAUCAUUUUCGGAGGUGCCGGUCUGAUUCCCCCUGCCACUCCCCUCAACUAUCUUUCUUGGGGCAUUGUCGGUUUCAUCUUCAACAAGUGGAUCCGUGAUCGCUUCCGCGGAUGGUGGAUGCAGUAUAACUACAUCGUCUCUGCGGGUCUGGAUGUCGGCCUUGCCCUUUGUACAAUCUUGAUUUUCUUGACACUCAACUUGACCAGCACUGAUUUCCCUUCCUGGUGGGGCACGGAUAUUGCUUCCGGUACUAUGGACACCAUGGACACUGCUAUUCGGCAUCCUCUCGCUGAAGGUGAAACCUUCGGGCCUUCCACUUGGUAG